ACGACCGGGGCACCACCUGCCCGGCCGCGGCGGCUCGGUUCCGGGUUCGCGCGCCUCGCGGGUGGCGUCAGAGGAACGGAAGGCUGGGCUGUCGACCCGUUUCCGGGUCCUUGUGCGGCCUGCGCCGGGUCCGCGGAGACUGUGGGCGGAGGGGCCGCGGCCUGACUGCGGGAGCCAGCCACGGGCGCGGAGGGAGCGGAGCCGCCAGCCUCCCCCCACCGCCCGCAGAUCUGUUUGGAUUUGAGAGGGAACUGCAGUACCAACUCACUGCAAAAGGGAUGGGAUCAGAGAACAGUGCUUUAAAGAGCUACACGCUGCGAGAAUCACCGUUCACCUUACCCUCUGGACUCGCUGUUUAUCCUGCCGUGCUGCAAGAUGGGAAGUGUGCAUCUGUGUUCGUCUAUAAGAGAGAAAACGAAGACAAGGUUAACAAAGCUGCCAAGCACUUAAAGACACUUCGUCACCCUUGCUUGCUAAGAUUUUUAUCUUGUACUGUGGAAGCAGAUGGCAUUCAUCUCGUCACUGAGAGAGUGCAGCCUCUGGAAGUGGCCUUGGAAACCCUGUCUCCUGCAGAAGUCUGUGCUGGAAUCUAUGACAUAUUGCUGGCUCUUAUCUUCCUUCAUGACAGAGGGCAUCUGACACACAACAAUGUCUGCUUGUCAUCCGUUUUUGUGAGUGAAGAUGGGCACUGGAAGCUUGGAGGCAUGGAGACAGUCUGCACGGUUCCUCAGGCCACACCAGAGUUUCUCAGGAGUAUCCAGUCAGUCAGAGACCCAGCAUCUGUUCCUCCUGAAGAGAUGUCUCCAGAAUUUGCAGCCCUUCCAGAGUCCUGUGGCCACGCCCGGGAUGCCUAUUCCUUUGGAAUGUUGGUGGAAAGCUUGCUCCCAGGCCUGAACGAGCAGGUUUCAGCGGAUGUUCUCUCCAGCUUCCUACAGACUUUGCACUCAGCUCUGCUGAACCCCAGGCCAGAGUGUCGGCCAGCACUCAGCACCUUACUGUCCCAUGAGUUCUUCAGAAAUGAUUUUCUAGAAGUUGUAAAUUUCUUGAAAAGCUUGACAUUAAAGAGUGAAGAUGAAAAGACUGAAUUUUUCAAAUUUCUGCUGGACCGAGUGAGCUGCCUGUCGGAAGAACUAAUAGCUUCAAGAUUGGUGCCUCUCCUGCUUAACCCGCUGGUGUUUGCCGAGCCAGUAGCUGUUAAAAGUUUUCUUCCCUAUCUACUUGGCCCUAAAAAAGAGAAUGCACCAGGAGAAACGCCUUGCUUGCUCUCGCCAGCGCUGUUCCAGUCUCGAGUGAUCCCUGUGCUUCUCCAGUUGUUCGAGGUCCAUGAGGAGCACGUGCGGAUGGUGUUACUGUCCCACAUGGAGGCCUACGUGGAGCACUUUACUCAGGAACAGCUGAAGAAAGUCAUCUUGCCACAGGUAUUACUGGGCCUUCGUGAUACCAGCAAUUCCAUUGUGGCAAUUACCCUUCGUAGCCUGGCAGUGCUGGUGUCUCUACUUGGGCCAGAAGUGGUUGUGGGAGGAGAAAGAACUAAGAUCUUUAAGCGCACUGCUCCAAGUUUUACCAAAACUAGUGACCUUUCCCCUGAAGGUUCUCCCAUGCAUGUUGUCUGCAGCCAGCAGAGUCGGACCUCACAAGUCUUGGAGAACCCCUCCUCUAAUGUAUUCCCUAAAUGGUUCUUUUCUGGCAGCAUGCCCAUCAACAGCAGUAAGCACAUACAGGAAGAAUAUUACAAGACUCUUUUACAGACAGGUGAUCAGUUUUCUCAUGCUACUAAAUUCCCUAUGAAUGGAAUCUCAGAUGUGCAGAGCACUUCAGAGGACAGUGGAAACUUCCCAGCAGGCUCUAACAAAGCCGAGGAGUGGCCUGACUGGAGCGAGCCUGAGGAGCCUGAGCACCAAACUGCCAGGAUUCAGAUAUGGUCCCGAGAACCCUGUGAUGUAGCCGAGUGCCAGCACACACAUCUGAAUGCAGAGGAGGAGUCCGGGGGUGAUUGUGAGUCUAGCUUUGGUACUGAAGCAAGCGUAGCUGCUGGAGCCUCUACUGCCAUGCCUAUUACCUCAGGGGAACAGAGGCCCGCUGCAGCCUUGCUUCCUCUCACUGAAGAGUCAAAGGCUGCGAAAUCCAGUCCCUCCUCAAAGACCAACUAUAGACAGCAUGGGGAAGUCCACCCACCGGAAGUGUCGCAAGACAGACCUCAUAAGGUUCGCUCAGAACUCGGUUUAGGAGAAGAGUUUACCAUACAAGUAAAAAAGAAGCCAGUACAAGAUCCUGAGUUGGAUUGGUUUGCAGAUAUGAUCCCAGAAAUUAAGCCUUCAGGUACUUUUCUUAUUUUGCCUGAACUGAGGACAGAAGUGAUGGUUCCUGACAAGAAUAACGUCUCACCAGUAGUGCAGUUUUCUUCAAAAUUUGCUGCAACAGAAAUGACUGAGGGAGAGGCAGAAGGCUGGGAAGAAGGAGAAGAGCUAACCUGGGAAGAUAACAGCUGGUGAUGAGGAAGAGCUUAAACUUCAGGAAGAAUUCUAAAAGAAUUAAUACCUCAAAGCAAGCUGCAUGGAUGUAAAACCCCAAAGCAGCCUGUGUUCCCGUACCAGGAGCUCUUUUUGCAGUCUGUGCCAAUUCAAGCAGAGACCAGCCUCAGGUUGCUGGCUAAGCCGUGGCUGGCAGAAGGCUCUCGGUACUGGAUAGGAGAAAAAGCCUGUGUGCACUUGACCAAGGCCAGUUUUCAUGCAAAGCAAAUAGCUAAAGAAGUGCUUUCUUCCAGGACAAUUCUGGAAGUAAAGAAAAUAAAAAUUCAAGCUGGUAAGCUUAAGUUUGUGCCAUUUCUUUCAAAGAGUAAGCUCUAUUAUGAAAUAAUAACUUACUGAAGAAAAAAAAUCUAGCUGUAAAUUAUAACUUCAAACUGCUAAGAUUCCUUAGGCAGUUUAUUUAUUUGUUUACAGUUUAUCAUGAGUUUAAAAAAAAAAGGUACCUCUCCUUUGGACCUGGGCAGUUACUGUUUCACCUGUAUUACACUGUACCAAAGUACUCAAUGAGAAAUAUCCCCCCCAUCUUGUUCUCUAUGUUAAAUAAAGAUAUUUUCACAUUUAUAAAAAGCUUUUAUAUGUGCUAUGAAAAUAUACAAAUAUAAUUUACAUUUGUAAUUUCAUUUACAAAAUAUCCAGGCAAGGCAUUUGAAGACUCAAACCCAGUUCUGUCCGAUCCAGUGCAUUCACAAUUCAUAUUUUGCCCUCUUGCACACAGCACUUUAGCUUCUCGAUCCUCUCUUGCAGUGCCUCCAGCUCCCCUAGUAGCCAGGCUGGAGCAGGAGAGUGUGUGAGUAACAACUCAGUUGUCUCCAAAGCCCCCGCUGCUGCUUGAAAUGCUGACCUGUACUCUUCUUCCACAGGGAGCUCCUGCCGGGCUCUCUUUGUGUAAGGCUGGAAAAUAAGGAAAACAUGAGGCAAGUAAUGCUGCAACACUCACCCUAAAAGGGCAUCCUUCCCAUCUGCAGUAAUACCUAAAUGCUGCUACUUUCCUAAUUUGUAUGUGGCAGACAAGGAGAAUCAUCCUGAGCUAGGGUCGCCAUUGACAAAUGUCUUCCUGCCCAACAGCUAUCAAUGAGUAUUCUUUAAAACACCAUUAAUGAAAGUAAAAUGUGAAUUUCCUAACAAUAAUUUGUGAAUGAUCAGAACUAUGGUUGUCAACAUGCUUUUUGGAUCCAGAUGAGGAAAACUUAAGACUCAAAACAUUGCACAGGGAGGGGAAAGAGGGGCUGAUAGGAGACCCAGACAUUCCUAAUAAUUGGUUUCCCAAAGGGGAGUCACAUUUACAUUCACAGGGCUUACGAGCAUAACUGAAUUAUACUGAAAUUUAUAUAUCUCCAGCCUACAGCUACAUCUAAGAAAACAAAUUACUACUGCAAUAAAAACAUUGAAUAUUGUUUUCUGACAGCCCUACCUACAAUUCCAAAUUCUAUUACCUACAAUCAAAAUAUUCUGAACAUACGUAGCCGUUUCAAAUUUCUGCCAAUUAAUAGGAACGUGAUAUUUAGAGAAAAGUGAUUCUGAGGCUAUCCUGAUAAGAUGAACUGAACAUGCUGACUGACAUCUGUGGGUCAGAAAAAAUGCAUUUAUGCCAUCAUUGGUACAAUAUGUAACUACCAAUAAUAAAAAUUAUAUUUGGUAUAAUGGUUACAACUA